CAUCCAACCCCUCCCCCACCACCACCCCCACCAUCUUUCCAAGACGACGCUACGAGUCCCGACAAGAAGUUCCAAGAAGACGCUACGAGUCCCGACAAGAAGUUCCAAGAAAGACGCUACGAGUCCCUUCCAAGAAGACGCUACGAGUCCCGACAAGAAGUUCCAAGAAGACGCUACGAGUCCGACAAGAAGUUCCAAGACGCUACGAGUCCGACAAGAAGUUCCAAGAAGUACGAGUCCCGACAAGAAGUUCACGUACGAGUCCCGACAAGAAGUUCCAAGAAGACGAGUCACGAAGUCCAAGAAGACGCUACGAGUCCCGACAAGAAGUUUCCCGAAGUUUCCAAGAAGACGACGAGUCCCGACAAGAAGUUCCAAGAAGACGAGUCCCGACAGAAGUUCCAAGAAGACGCUACGAGUCUCCACGAGUCCGACAAGAAGUUCUACGAGAAAGAAGUUCCAAGAAGACGCUACGAGUCCCGACAAGAAGUUCCAAGAAGACGCUACGAGUCCCAAGUUCCAAGAACGAGUCCCGACAAGAAGUUCUACGAGUCCCGACAAGAAGUUCCAAGAAGACUUCCAAGAAGACGCUACGAGUCCCAAGACUACGAGUCCCGACAAGAAGUUCCAAGAAGACGAGUACGAGAAGUUCCAAGAAGACGACGAGACAAGUUCCAAGAAGACACGAGUGAAGUUCCAAGAAGACGCUACGAGUCCGACAAGAAGUUCCAAGAAGACACGAGUCCCGACAAGAAGUUCGAAGUACGAGUCCCGACAAGAAGUUCCAAAGAAGACGUACGAGUCCCGACAAGAAGUUACGAGUCCCGAAAGAAGUUGAAGACGAGUCCAAGAAGUUCCAAGAAGACGUACGAGUCCCGACAAGAAGUUCCAAGAAGACGUACGCUAGUCCCGACAAGAAGUUCCGACACGAGUCCCGACAAGAAGUUCCAAGAAGACGCUACGAGUUCCAAGAAGACGUACGAGUCCGAAGAAGUUCCAAGAAUCCAAGUACGAGUCCGACAAGAAGUUCAAGAAGACGUACGAGUCCCGACAAGACAAGAAGUACGAGUCCCGAGAAGUUCCAAGAAGACGUACGAGUCCCGACAAGAAGUUCCAAAGAAGACGCUACGAGUCCGACAGAAGUUCCACGUACGAGUCCCGACAAGAAGUUCCAAGAAGACGCUACGAGUCCCGACAAGAAGGAAGUACGAGUCCACAAAGUUCCAAGAAGACGCUACGAGUCCCGACAAGAAGUUCCAAGAAGACGCUACGAGUCCCGACAAGAAGUUCCAAGAAGACGCUACGAGUCCGACAAGAAGUUCCAAGAAGACGCUACGAGUCCCGACAAGAAGUUCCAAGAAGACGCUACGAGUCCCGACAAGAAAGAAGACGCUACGAGUCCCAAGACGUACGAGUCCCGACAAGAAGUUCCAAGAAGACGUACGAGUCCCGACAAGAAGUUCCACGACGUCCCGACAAGAAGUUCCAAGAAGACGCUACGAGUCCCGACAAGAAGUUCCAAGAAGACGUACGAGUCCCGACAAGAAGUUCCAAGAAGACGCUACGAGUCCGACAAAGAAGUUCCAAGAAGACACGUCCCGACAAGAAGUUCCAAGAAGACAAAGAAGUUCCAAGAAGACGCUACGAGUCCCGACAAGAAGUUCCAAGAAGACGCUACGAGUCCGACAAGAAGUGAAGACCCUACGAGUCCCGACAAGAAGUUCCAAGAAGACGUACGAGUCCCGACAAGAAGUCCAAGAAGACGCUACGAGUCCGACAAGAAGAAGAAGACGCUACGAGUCCCGACAGAAGUUCCAAGAAGACACGAGUCCCGACAAGAAGUUACCACAAGAAGUUCCAAGAAGACGCUACGAGUCCGACAAGAAGUUCCAAGAAGACGCUACGAGUUCCAAGAAGACGACGAGUUCCAAGAAGACGCUACGAGUCCCGACAAGAAGUUCCAAGAAGACGCUACGAGUCCCGACAAGAAGUUCCGAAGACGUACGAGUCCCGACAAGAAGUUCCAAGAAGACGCUACGAGUCCCGACAAGAAGUUCCAAGAAGACGCUACGAGUCCCGACAAGAAGUUCCAAGAAGACGCUACGAGUCCCGACUUCCCGAACGAGUCCCGACAAGAAGUUCAAGAAGACCUACGAGUCCCGACAAGAAGUUCCAAGAGAGUCUACGAGUCCGACAAGAAGUCCAAGAAGACGCUACGAGUCCCGACAAGAAGUUCCAAGAAGACCCUACGAGUCCCGACAAGAAGUUCCAAGAAGACGCUACGAGUCCGACAGAGAAGACGCUACGAGUCCCGACAAGAAGUUCCAAGAAGACGCUACGAGUCCGACAGAAGUUCCAAGAAGACGCUACGAGUCCCGACAAGAAGUUCUACGAGUCCCGACAGAAGUUCCAAGAAUACGAGUCCGACAAGAAGUUCCAAGAAGACGCUACGAGUCCCGACAAGAAGUUCCAAGAAGACGCUACGAGUCCCGACAAGAAGUUCCAAGAAGACCCUACGAGUCCCGACAAGAAGUUCCAAGAAGUUCCGAGAAGUUUACGAGUCCCGACAAGAAGUUCCACGAGUCCCGACAAGAAGUUUCCCGACAAGAAGUUCCAAGAAGACGCUACGAGUCCCGACAAGAAGUUCCAAGAAGACCCUACGAGUUUCCAAGAAGACCCUACGAGCUCCCGAGUCUUCGUACGAGUCCAGACAAGAAGUUUCCAAGAAGACGCUACGAGUCCCGACCAUACGAGUCCUUCAAGAAGACGCUUCCGACCGUACGAGUCCCGACAAGAAGUUCAAGAAGACCCUACGAGUCCCGACAAGAAGUUCCAAGAAGACCCUACGAGUCCGACAAGAAGUUCCAAGAAGUACGAGUCCCGACAAGAAGUUCCAAGAAGACCCUACGAGUCCCGACAAAGAAGUGUACGAGUCCCGACAAGAAGUUCCAAGAAGACGCUACGAGUCCCGACCGCAAUAAACGAGAGAGAAAGAAGACGGUGACGCUCGCCUUCAACUCGCUCAGAUGUCACCGCUGCCUCAACCGUCCGCAGCCACGACUUAUUAUACCGAUCAAGUCCUCGUCACUCAGCUCUCGAAGCUUGCCAUCAGCUCCUCCUCUCGGUUCCUUGUUUUUAUUUGUCUUCGUUAUUGCCAACCAGAUUUUGCCCAACAACGAUUCCAAUGUCACCUUCGCAGUACCUCCUUCAGGCUUUGUCUUCUUCAGAGAGAGAGAGAGAGAGAGAAAGAAGAAAGAAUAUGAGGAUGAGGGAAUAAAAAAAGUACUCAUAACCACUCAGAACCUCAUCCUAAUACCUAACAAAACGUAUUUCGUAAACUAA